AAUUUUGACCCGACGCGGGACCCAAGGAAGCCCCAAGUUUGCUUGAGCAAUCUCAGCGUGACGCAGAAUUCGGCUGGCUACAGCUUCGUAUCACCCAAGAACAUCUUCCUGCAGGAACUACUUUCAAGCUGCAGUCGCCAUGGCCGAUGAGUCUUUGGCAGUUGCUAGCCGUGCUGAAAUCAUCAGCUGCUUCAAGGAAACACACCAAAAGCCACGGACUUCGAACCCCGCUCCAUGCCAUGUCGCUCCUACUACAGAAUCCUCAUCCAUAUCGGAAAACUUCACGGAUUCGGGAUAUUCUUCCCCAGACGAUCCUGUUAUUUUCGAUUCUCGAGAAAGACUCCAAGAAAGCAAACCACGGCCCAAUGGAAUUCCAGUCAAGCUGGGCGGCCGAGAUCUCCUCAGAUUCAAAAUCGCACCAGACAAGUCAACACGCGAUCGCUUCAGCCAUGUCAUAAACCAGGUAGAGCCAUUGUUACUGGCUCGCUUGAAGAAGAAGACUGGGGAGCGAAUAGGUCUGAUCGCAUUUCGAUCAAUGAUACUCGGGACAACUGCGGAAAACGCUCAUGAGCAUAUUGUUGUGCUUUGCCCCAGUCAGCUUCUAGACACUGUCAACGAAUUCUUCGAAAAGACUAAGAUAAUCAAAGAGCUGUGUGAGCCGAGUGACCAGAUACCGUCUAUCAGUAUCAUUGUUGAGGGCAGAGAACCACGUAUGAUGGCACAGCUCUUGCAUUCAGUCAUGGCAAUGGGUCCUCAUCCCAAAAGUCUCGAUGACAUUCACAUGCUUGGGACACAGAGCCUCAGUGGAAGUUCUCUCGUAGUCAAAGAUACCAUGGGCAUCGCAAUUAUCGCGACUUGCGGUGGAAUGAUCAAGGUGGUGGACAAGACUGGUAAAACAAUACUUUAUGGAAUGACGGCUGGCCACGUCUUCAACGACGCGAACUCUCAGAUCGCUCAAGGUUUCGCCAAUUCAUCGAGUCCAAAAUCUCAUGAUGGAUGGUUAACGUCCGGCAGAGUUUGGAAGAGAGACGGGCUCCAAGAAAAAGGCUCGGAUUACGAUUGGGCUUUACUCGCACAUGAGCACAUCUGGCAUUUCGGGGCGAAUAGGUGCCGGACACGAAACUCUUCAGGACAGCCCAUUGAGCAUGUCCUCACCACUGAAAUCGGAACUUUUCCGCCCGAAGUAAUCUGUCAGGAAGUGGAGAUGAUUGCCGCCCCUGACUCUACCAAGCCCGGCCUGCUUUCAUGUGAGCCGACUCGGAUUCUGUUAGGAGCCGGUGAUGCGUUCACGCAGGCCUACAUUCUCACGCUGGACGAGGGCGAAGUCCGCAGCGGCGAUUCUGGCGCUUGGGUAGUGGGAUCAUCCUCCUACGACGUUUUCGGCCACAUAGUUGCGACAGACAUGUUUGGUGACGCUUACGUUGUUCCUUUGGACCAGACUUUCAACGACAUUCAAAAGAGCACAGGCGCGAUUUCCGUUCAAUUGGCUUCUCCGCAAGACUUCGCAGCAGUAGUCGAUGACGAAGCCCUCCCCGGCCAUGUGCGAAGAGUUGACCCCUAUGCAGCCUUGGCUUCAUGGCACGAGAUAUGGCAUCCACGGGGGUCAAAUGGGAUUGCCCAAUUGCCACAUCAUCUCAACAGAUCUAUGACAUUGCCUGAUUCCGCCUACGGGUCGGCGGAUUCGACUCCGCAAGUAUCACUUUCCGCCAUGCCUAGUUGCAUCAGCGAUGAUCUUCCCUCCGAAUUCAAAGCCACCGACGAUGAUACCGAGGAUCGUUUGUUCGGAGACUAUGAGUCUGGCGGCAUUCUUCUAUGGGAAGAAGACAAUCCAGCAGAAGAAGAUGAAAGCUUUGGACGUUCCGACAAACAUUCAAGCAAGGAUGGGGGCCCGUGUGCUCGUCCUCCAGCCAAGCAGAGGGGCCUGGGCCACAAUGAAAACACCGGUGAAGAAGCACACUAUUGAAGCAGCGAAUUUGGUUUAAAGAUGGUCUGGAGAGAAUGUGGAGAGAUAAAUGACAGGUUGAUGCCAAGGAUAUGUUUGAGAAACGUAAGGUAAAGAAAGUCGAAAAAUUAAGAGAAAUAACGUUUUGAGAUAGUGAGGGCAAGGACUAACGCUGAACAUUUCUGCUACGCAUUCCCU